AUGCCCCAGGUUCGAAACCCCAUCCUUCCCGGGUUCAACCCCGACCCUUCCAUCCUCCGAGUCGGCGAUGACUACUACAUCGCCACCUCUACCUUUGAGUGGUAUCCCGGCGUCCAGAUCCACCACUCCACGGACCUGGCAAACUGGGAGCUGCUGCGGGAUCUGGGCCCCUGCCUGACGCACGACGGCGAGAAAUUCUGGCUCGUGUACACGGACGUGAAGAGGAAGGACGGCUCGUUCAAGGACACCCCCAACUACAUCACCACGGCCACGUCGAUCCAGGGCCCCUGGUCCGACCCCGUCUACGUCAACUCCUCCGGCUUCGACCCGUCCCUCUUCCACGACGACGACGGCCGCAAGUGGUUCAUCAACAUGCUUUGGGACCAUCGUCCCCGCCCUAGGGUCUUUUCCGGCAUCGUGAUGCAAGAGUACGACCCCGAGGCCGGGAAGCUCGUCGGCCCCAAGAAAAACAUCUUCAAGGGCACGGAGCUCGACUUGCACGCGUGCACCUUUGCCCGCUCCCGCGACAUCUGGGGACCCUACGAGACCCACCCGCAAAAGUACAUCGUCACCUCCAAGGACUCGCCCUGGGCCGCCCUGCAGCGCGCCGGACACGGCGACUUCGUCGAUACCCCCGACGGCAAGACCUACCUCGUCCACCUCUCCGGCCGACCCAUCACCCAGAAGCGGAGGUGCGUGCUCGGCAGAGAGACCGCCAUCCAAGAGGCGUACUGGGGCGACGACGAUUGGCUGUACGUCAAGAACGGACCCGUUCCCUCGCUCUACGUCGAGGUCCCCGGCGAGCGCGACGAAGCCAAGUACUGGGCGGAGCAAAAGUAUACCUUUUCCGACGGCCUGCACAAGGACUUCCAGUGGCUGCGGACGCCCGAGACGGAGCGCAUAUUCCGCACGAGCGGCGGCAAGCUCACCCUCAUCGGCAGGGAGGCCCCCGGCUCCUGGUUCGAGCAGGCCCUCGUGGCCCGGCGGCAGACGCACUUUUCGUACGACGCCGAGACGGUGGUCGACUUUAGCCCCACGGACGAGCGGGAGUUUGCCGGCAUCACCGCCUACUAUAGCCGCUUCAACUUCUUCUACCUCACGGUGACGGCCGACUCGGAUGGCCGACGAGAGUUGCUCCUGCAGACGUCUCAGGCGUCGUGGCCCAAUAGUAACCUCACUAAGCCCCUCGACGGGCCCGUGGAGAUUCCGAACGAGGGCAAGGUGAAGCUGGCCUUGACGAUUCGGAGCGAUGAGCUGCAAUUCUACUACGCGCUGGAAGGGGAAGACCUCAAAAGAUUGGGCCCAUGUACGAUGCCUCCAUCAUCUCGGACGAAUGCGGAGGUCACCAAGCGCACGGCAGCUUUACCGGUGCUUUUGUGGGAGUGGCGUGCUCAGAUUUGA